CAUAAGGCCCAUUAUAGCUGCAGAACAUCGCAGCCCAUACCACAUCCCGUCUCAAAAACCCUAAUCCAGACUCGCUACAUUGUUUUGACGCCGGAAUAACAUAGCAGCAACUCUCUGCAGAUCGAAGCUCGGAAGAGAGAGCAACAAUGGGUGCGUACACGUAUGUGUCGGAGCUAUGGAGGAAGAAGCAGUCGGAUGUUAUGAGGUUUAUGCAGAGGGUCAGGUGCUGGGAGUACCGCCAGCUUCCUUCAAUUGUUCGGGUCACUCACCCGACCCGACCCGAUAAGGCCCGUCGUAUGGGUUACAAAGCCAAGCAGGGCUAUGUGAUCUAUCGAGUACGUGUGAGGCGUGGUGGAAGAAAGAGACCAGUUCCCAAAGGUAUUGUGUACGGAAAGCCAACGAACCAGGGUGUGACUCAACUGAAGUUUCAACGAAGCAAAAGGUCGGUUGCUGAGGAACGUGCUGGCAGGAAAUUGGGCGGUCUUAAAGUUCUCAACUCAUACUGGCUCAAUGAGGACUCAACUUACAAGUACUUUGAGGUGAUAUUGGUGGACCCUGCACAUGCUGCUAUUCGCAACGAUCCAAGGAUCAACUGGAUCUGCAACCCGGUGCACAAACAUAGAGAGCUUAGAGGACUUACUUCUGCUGGUAAGAAGUAUAGAGGACUUCGUGGAAAGGGACACUUGAACCACAAGGCACGCCCGUCAAGAAGGGCUACCUGGAAGAGGAACAAUACUCUGUCACUUCGUCGUUACCGUUGAUUAUUUACGCCAUAUUGCUGUUUUGUUAUUUGUCGAGUUGUUUUUACUCUCUGUUUGAGAAUCUGAGACUAGAAGCUUCUUGUGUCAGUUUUGAUUAAACCUUGGCUAUGAGUUUGUUUGAGACGUUUACAUUGCUGCAGUAUUUUAAUGUGUUAAAAAUGUUAAGGUAAGAAUUAUCACAUAAUUCUUCCUUCCAGUUAAA